UAGAUGGAGAUGAGGUGAUUGCUUGGUGGGGCUGGGGAUCGUGCCGGAGAUCAGGAAGUAAGCAGUAACCCCCUUAAGUCUCCACACCUCCCAUCCCCCCUCACCUGGGACCCCACCGCUUGCUCCCUCACUGACUCCAGGGACUGGGGGUGUGGGCCAGCUCUCUCCCCAGCCUCGGGAUUCUAGGGCCUGGGCCAGGGUUGAAUCCUCUCAGCAUUGCCCAGCAUGGGGCAAGCACAGGGAGGGGUGAGGACCAGAGGGUGGGCAUCAGAUGGGGAUAGACACCCCAUCCCUGCUCACCCUCCCUUCCUUCCCUCUCACACCAACAGCUGGCUGCCUGAUCCUGCCACAUAGCUGCCCUACAUCCCUCCCCCGAAGCCGGCAGAAUUUUGUCUCCCACCCCUGUGCCCACUCUUGGGCUGCUGGGGCAGCCCCUACAGAAACCAGCAGGUCCGGGGGCCCUGGCCCCAGGGGAGUUGGGAGGACGCAGGUGCAGGAUGGGGCGGGGCAGGGGGCAGGCAGCCUCACCCCCAACACACACAACGGGAGGGCCGAGCUCUGGCUUUUGACCCCAGACACUGGUCGCCAUAGCACCCAGGAUCCUCACAGGCUGCCUGCUCCCAGAGGAACCUGGGGAGCCGGGCGGGGGAGAGGGGUGUCUGCUUCCCUCUCUAGGGGAUCCGGGACAGAGCGGCAGGAUGGGCGGGCGGCCUUCAAGCCCCCUGGACAAGCGGCAGCAGCAGCACCUGAGGGACCAGGUGGAGGUGCUGCUAAGGAGCUUCCUGCCUCAGUACCGCCUGCAGCUGGCGGCCUCGGUCCUGCAGCAGAUUUCCCGGGAGCUGGUGCCCCAGGAGCUGGCCGGAAGCCAACUGCUGCCCAGCAAAAAGCUUCCCCGAGUCCGUGAGCACCGAGGGCCCCUGACCCAGCUGCGGGGCCACCCUCCCCAGUGGCAGCCGACCUUCUGUGUCCUGCGCGGGAAUGGCCACCUGGAGUGGUUCAGCCGCAGGGAGGAAUUUGAAAAUGGGGGCCGUCCUCUGGGCUCCACAGCGCUGACAGGGUACACAGUCCUGACUUGCCAGCGGGAAUAUCUCCGCCUGUUGGACACUCUCUGCCCAGACGCUUCAGGAGAUCACACGCAGGAGGAGCCCGACCCCCUCCUGGAAAUGCCCGUGAGCUUCCCCCUGUUCCUGCAGCACCCCUUCCGAAGGCACCUCUGCCUCUCCGCGGCCACAGCGGAGGCACAGCGCGCGUGGAGGCUGGCCCUGCAGGGUGGCAUCCGGCUCCGCGGCACAGUCCUACAGCGAAGCCAGGCCCCCGCCGCCCACGCCUUCCUGGAGGCCGUGCGGCUCUACCGGCAGCACCGAGGCCACUUCGGCCACGACGACCUGACGCUAGGCUCGGACGCGGAGGUGCUGACCGCGGUGCUGAUGCGGGACCUGCUGCCGGAGUUGCGGGCCCAGACCCAGCCGGGCCUGCGCGGGGCCGGCCGAGCCAGGGCCUGGGCCUGGACCGAGCUCCUGGAUGCGGUUCACGCCGCUGUCCUGGCCGGGGCCUCUGCCGGGCUCCGCGCCUUUCAGCCCGAGAAAGACGAGCUGCUCUCGGCCCUGGAGAGGACCAUCCGCCCUGACGUGGACCAGAUGAUGAGGCUGCGGGGGCGCGUGGCGGGGAAGCUGCGGACCGCAGUCCAGGGCCCGCUGGAGUCCUGCCUGCGCGGGAAGGUGGACGCGCAGCUGCCCCGGGUCUCGCAGACCCUGCUCAGCAUCGUGGAAGCGGCGCUGGCCGCGGUGCAGACCCUCCUAGCCCAGGGAAUGGACCGCCUGUGCCGCCACCUGCGUGCCAAUCCCUCCGGCGCGCGGCUGCGGAGAGAGGUUCACUCGUUUGGCGAGAUGCCGUGGGAUCCAGAGCUGAUGCAGACUUGCUUCCGCGAGGCCGAGCGGAGCCAGGGCCGCCUGGAGCAGCUGGCGGUACCGUUUGGCUUCCUGGGAGCACGCAGUCUGGUGUUUGGGGCCCAGGAUCUCGCACAACAGCUCAUGGCCGACGCCGUGGCCACCUUCCUGCAGCUGGCCGACCAGUGUCUGACCAGCGCCCUGGACUGCCACCAGGCCGCCCAGCAGCUGGAGAAAGUCCGGGGGCGCGUGCUGAAGAAGUUCUGGUCCGACAGCGGCUCCGCCCUGAGGAGGUUCGUCCGCGGGUGGCAGCUCUGCGUCUUCCUGCCCUUCGUGAGGAGCCAGCUGGAGCCGCGCUGCAGAGCGGAGCUGCGCGAGUUCGAAGGGGAUGUUCUUGCUGUGGGCAGCCCUGCCCUGACCAUCGAGGGCGUCUACGAGGAUGUCAUACGGGGGGCCCUGCUUCAGAGGAUCGAUGGAGAACUGAAAAAGGCCCUCGGUGCCAGCGACGUGUCCUGCACUCGGGAUGGCUGCUCGGAGGCCGCAUGGGGCCAGGCGGGAGCAGAUGAGGAAACUGAGGCUCAGAGAGGGACUUGUGCCAAGCAGCCAGGCUCCUGCACUGAGGUCCAGCCGCUCUGCCCGCUGCUGCCUCCAAGGACGUUCCGGAGCUGAAUCUGCCUGCAGCCAUCUCCAUGACCAGCAGAUGAGUGUCUACUGAUGGAAUUUCUGAGUCAGAUGAGCCAUUUCAAGGCUUUCACAACCAACUCACCUCCACCUCACUCCUUUCCUGAAGGGCUGUGCCUUCUCACAUUUCUACUAGGAGAAUUUGUGCAUAUUCUCCACAUCCUUUCCAAAUAUUAGGAACUUUCAUAAAAGAAAAAAAAAGUCAACUUGAUGGGCACACACACUUCAUUUUUUAAAUUUU